AUAAGAGGAAGACAUGUCCCUCACUUCUCCUCCACAGGUCCAAAACAAGAAAAAAGUUAAAUUAAAUAACAAAACGAAUUAUCCAUAUCCACUUUCUAUGUUGUCCACCCUUCUCAGAAGCCAUGGUCGUAAAUCUCUCUCCCUCUCCACCUUUACAUUCAAGUUCCAUAAUCAGAUUGGCAAAUUCAAAGUCACCCAUUUCAGAACCAUGGUUGAGGCUCAAAACCCACUUCCCAAAACCGCUCCUUUCCCCUUCUUUUGCCUCCCCAAGUGUGAACUUCACUUGCAAGAAGCAAUUUUUGCAUGGUAACAGCAGGAACGUGUUGGAUUUCAGGACUUGGUCUAUUGCUGGGUUUGAUUAUGGGAACUUUGAGGGGCCUCAGUCUGUGCUUGAGGCUGCUGCAGUGUUGACAGCCAUCAUUGUUGUACAUGAGAGUGGCCACUUCCUUGCUGCUUCUCUCCAAGGAAUCCAUGUGAGUAAGUUUGCUGUAGGGUUUGGUCCAAUUUUAGCAAAGUUUAAUGCCAAAAAUGUUGAAUAUUCCAUCAGGGCUUUUCCCCUUGGUGGCUUUGUGGGGUUCCCUGAUAAUGAUCCAGAGAGUGAUAUUCCUGUUGAUGAUGAAAACCUGCUUAAGAAUAGACCAAUAUUGGAUAGGGUGAUUGUGGUUUCAGCUGGUGUUGUUGCUAACAUAAUUUUUGCAUUUGCUAUUAUCUUUGCACAAGUCCUGUCUGUUGGUUUGCCUGAGCAAGAGGUCUUUCCUGGGGUGGUUGUGCCGGAUGUUAGAGCCUUUUCUGCUGCUUCAAGAGAUGGGUUGGUUCCUGGGGAUGUGAUCCUUGAGGUCAAUGGAAGUGAGUUUUCAAAACCAGGUCCAAGUGCGGUUUCUGAAGUUGUUGAUGUUAUCAAGAGGAACCCCAAGAGAUAUGUUUUGCUCAAGAUUAAAAGGGGGGAGCAGAAUUUUGAUAUAAGGGUCACCCCAGAUGAGAAUUUUGAUGGAACUGGGAAAAUUGGAGUUCAGCUAGCCCCUAAUGUGAAGAUAGCUAAGGUUAGGCCAAAAAAUUUGGUGCAGGCUGUGGAGUUUACUGGGCAAGAGUUUUGGGGUCUGGCCUCUAAUGUUUUAGAUGGGUUAAAGCAGACUUUUUUGAACUUCUCCCAGUCAGCUAGUAAGGUUUCAGGUCCUGUAGCCAUUAUUGCUGUUGGUGCUGAAGUGGCACGGUCAAAUAUCGAUGGUCUCUUCCAGUUUGCCGCGAUACUCAACAUUAACCUUGCGGUUAUAAACCUUCUGCCUUUGCCUGCUUUAGAUGGAGGCACAUUGGCAUUGAUCCUAAUUGAGGCUGCCAGGGGUGGGAGAAAGCUACCUUUGGAAGUGGAGCAAACGAUCAUGUCUUCUGGAAUUAUGCUUGUUAUAAUUCUGGGGUUAUUCCUUAUUGUUCGUGAUACCCUAAACCUUGAUUUUAUCAAAGACUUGUUGUAAUUAUUGUGAAUUCUAGUUAGUAGUGGGCUUCAAAAAGUAUUUCAUGAUUCUCAUCUGCAAUGCUGUUGCACCAGUGUCUUAGGCAGGGGUAUUCUGUAGAGGAGGCAAGAUCAUUUUAAAUGAUUGAGGUUGUCAGAUUAUAAACUGGAGACAAUAUAUUGUGAUACUUUACCUGCUGAAACAAGAAGAUUCUAAAUGCAUAUAGUGCUUAGUACAAAGGAAUUACUCAGAGCGGUGCUAACAGUUUAUAAGGAUUGAAUGUGAAAUAUUUCUAGGGAUCAAUGUGACCGGGAAAAUCCCACACCACUGGCAUGGGAUGAAGCAAGGGUCUUGGAGCCAAUAGGUGAUUGGCUUGGAGCAGGAGAUUCAUCAAGAGAUCUGUCAGGAUUAAACACUGGUCAUAGCUUCCAGAAUGAUAAUCAUAUGACUAGAAAAACACUAGUUGAACGUAGAAUACCCAUAUGGAGAAAAACGGGACCAUAAUACAAAACCCGAAUUGUCAAAACAUGCACUCUUCUCAAUAGAGUUUAGAGUCAAGAAAUGAAAGAUAGAAUGAAUGCUUUUAUUUUUAUUUUUUGUUGAAUGAAAGAUAGAAUGAAUGUGUAUCUUAGUAUGACUGACUCAAAAGAUACAUAUAACCUUGUUAACUUAUCAUUAUCAA